UAUAAACAUAAACAAAUUUAAUUUCUUCUUCUGAAUAACAAUUAAAGAAAGAAUAGAAUAUACGAAACGAAUUGGAGAUAAUGAAAUUGCUGCAGGCAAAACGCACCCAACGAGGGGUACGAAAAUGUGCGAGUUGUGGAACGUUAAACGGAAAUCGCGCCCAGAUGUGUCGUAAUUCCGACUGUCCACAGAAUGAAAAUAAAAACCUAAUUAGUUAUGAUAUCGUGUUAUUGGCUUCCCUGCGAGCCGGUUCUGCUAUGUACUCCCUAAGGACAAAGGAACACACAACACAGCCCCGAAACUUUGUUUGCAUUCAGGAUGUGACUGUUUCACUGCAGCCAAAUGCUGCAGUGGUGUCCAGCAAGGCAGUCUGUCAUGUGGAUGAAUGCAAGGGCAACGAUUCUGUUGACCCCACCGAUUGCCGCCAUGUGAAAGCCUGUCGCGAGCUUAGCUCCAGUGGCAGUGUGCCACAGGCUGAGGUGUAUAAAGUGUCUCGAGAGGUGCUUUGGAAUCUUAACAUCAGUCUGGACCACAAGCAGCAUCUUUGGCAUCUCAACAAGGUGGCCGAGGAGCAGGCACAGCUGCCGGCAGUGCAGCGUCUAAGUGCCACAACAUUUGCUGUGCAAUGUGAACGCUCCGAUACUUUUCCCGCUGGCCGAUUACAUGUCACUGCACUGGCCAAUGGCUUGUCCACCAGAAAAGGCAUUUAUGCUUGCGCCUGUCGCAAGCUAAAGAUUAUAGUAGAGCCCGACAACUCUCUGGUCAUGCAGGAUGAGAUAUGUGAUCAUUUGCUGUUGGUUCUCGCCGGCAUCUUGAGUACGCCGCAGGGCAAACGCAUUUAUGGCAACUUUACCAAUAGUCUGAAAUCGUUUUGGAUGCCCGAAAGGUUGGAAACACCUCUGGAAGAAAAUACGCAAGACGAUUUUGGUUUAAGCUUGAACAUGGAUUUGGUAGAUGAAAUUGACCACAACGUUGAUAUAUUAGUUUUUGGGGAUCAUCUUGAUCUGCCUGUGCCAGACAUCUCUGACAUCACCUUCAAUGUGGACAGUAUGCAGGCUGACAUGAUCUCAAGCCAAAGCACAGUCCACUAUGCCAAUGAUGCUCAGCUGCUGUCCAAUUGUAAUUUCUAUGGAGAGCCCGAGGAUCAGCAUCUGGAGCUUACCGAUUGCAACAUAGAACUGAUGGAUGAAUAUCAAUUGACCGACCAAAUUGAUUUAAGCAGCGAAGACAUAGAGCUUCCCAUGAUGAGCGGCGAACCAUUGAACAUUCUGACUGCUCCACCCAUUUUCACAGAAAAGCAGCCACCACCCGCAGUCAGUAAUCAGUUGCCUCCCAUAGAGUUGCCCACCAUUUCAGUGGUAAAGAAGGCACCAAUAAAAGCCUCGGAAAUUGUGACAGAAGUAAAGGGUCGCCGACAGCCAACAUUGCCGGCGAAACGUGAACUUAUUGUAAAUAAUUCGACCUCCAGUAGUAGCGUGGAGAUUCCUAUAUUCGCAAGUCCAGAGGUACAACCUGCUUUGGCCUACUCGGCCUGGCUAGAUUAUGUGAUAGAAGUGCUAAACACUUCCAUGGAGCCAGAGGACGAGGGCCUCACAAUGGAACCUAAGAAACAAUUAAUGAAUCAAAGAUUCCAUGUCCACAAGGAGACAUUUUCGCACUUUUGUAAAAGUUUUAGUGUUGGAAUCAAACGUCGACCCCUGCAUCAAGUAACUGUGAUUGAGUCGGGCAAACAUAAAGGUCUAACUAAAUAUGUUUGGCACUUUACUGCCCCGCAUACAGUAAAGCGUAUAUUUAGUACACCAAAUAUUUUUUUACAUCUGGAGCAUUCCUAUGAAUACCAUGAUGAUGGUAGAUUUGUUCCCUAUGUACGAGAACAGGCGCCCAUAAAACACGGCCAACGUGCCAUCUAUGCUCGCCUCAAGCUCUAUAUGGUGAAAAUGAUAUUUGACUCCGCUUCUAAGACUGGCCUAAUGAUAGCCUGGAUUCCCGAUGUUUUUAAAAUGAGUAACUUUGGCAUUAUGGAAAUUGAAUUUACGUUAGAGUUUCGUGGACCAAACUGAGUAACUAAAUACGUGAAGAUGUAUUUUUUUGGUUUUACGGUUUAUUAUGAAGCAUUUUUUACCUUGCCAUGGGGAAUUUACAAGCUUUCUAUGUAUUAGUCAAUACAAUCCACUUAAUAUCUACUUAAUUUAGAGUUGGUGAAAAAAACAUAUAACUUUAAAAUUGGUCAUUAGUUGUAAAUAUGUGGAGAGUUUUCUUUUUGU